UCUUGAGAUCGAAGAAAACUCGCUUUCUUCUACUUCCUCUUCUGCCCUCGUAUAGUCGUAUGCACAGUUGCACACACCAGAAAACCAGACGAAGAAAGUAGACCGAAGAAAGCUUUCGUCUUUCGAUAUCAGAAUUCGAGCUGAAAUCCGCAACGACGAACAAGGAUGAGUAGCAUCGGCACCGGUUAUGAUCUCUCCGUCACGACUUUCUCCCCCGACGGCCGCGUUUUCCAGAUCGAAUACGCCGCCAAGGCCGUGGACAACAGCGGGACUGUUGUCGGACUCAAGUGCAAAGAUGGCAUUGUUAUGGGUGUGGAGAAGCUCAUAGCUUCUAAGAUGAUGUUGCCCGGUUCCAAUAGAAGGAUCCAUUCAGUUCAUAGGCAUACUGGAAUGGCUGUGGCUGGCUUAGCUGCUGAUGGUAGACAGAUUGUUGCACGAGGAAAGUCCGAGGCAACCAAUUAUGACAAUACCUAUGGUGAACCGAUCCCUGUCAAAGAACUUGCUGAACGUGUUGCUAGCUAUGUGCACCUAUGUACUCUCUAUUGGUGGCUUAGGCCCUUCGGUUGUGGUGUCAUUCUUGGUGGUUAUGACAGAGAUGGACCACAGUUGUACAUGAUUGAACCCUCUGGAAUAUCUUAUAGGUAUUUUGGUGCUGCAAUUGGAAAGGGCAAGCAGGCAGCUAAAACGGAAAUCGAGAAGUUAAAGCUUUCAGAAAUGACAUGCCGUGAAGGGGUUCUUGAAGUAGCCAAAAUGUGAGGUUUUGUUGCAUUGAAUUCAUUUAGUGGACUUCUUUGGCGAGUUUGGAGUCUUUUACUAAUGACUCAAGUCUCAAUACCUUCAAGUGGUUCCAACCUUGACAUUCUUUCUUAGCGUUGUGCAUGGUUUAUCAUCCAAUUAAAACUCCUUGAUAUCUGCCUACAGCCAUUCCUGAUUUUCCCAGGAACUUUGAAAUUUCUUCAUUCCCAUCUCUUAUCUGAAAAGUAAAGAUCAGUUAUGUGAUUUAAUGUUAUGCAGCAUUUACAAGGUACAUGAUGAAGCAAAGGAUAAGGCCUUCGAACUCGAACUGAGCUGGGUUUGUGACGAGUCAAACAGAUUACAUCAGAAGGUUCCAGAUCAGCUACUAGAGGAGGCCAAGUCUGCUGCUAGGACUGCACUUGAAGAAAUGGAUGCUGAUUAAACACCCGUUGACAUCGGUUAAAGGAUCAUUGGGAAAUCAAUCAGGGCACCCCGAAUCGUCAUUGUCCAGAUUCCACCUUGAUCUCCCUUGUCGAAAAGCAACUGAAAUCCUUUUAGUGGCCUCCUGAGGCAGUUAGUCCAUUUAAGCUAUGUUUUACUUCAGUACAUGACCUGCGAACUUAUAUCACUUGAUCCUUUCUUCCUGAGCAACUUGCAUUUAGUGAAACAUUGUGGCUGCUUCUUUGAAAGGAAGGGAUCCUAUGUAAGAGCUCUUAGUUGGCUGGAUAGUUUCAUUGAAAUGGUUUUACGGCUUGCAUCUACUGCAUCAAUCUCCUGCUAGAUCAUUGCAAAACUGACUGUGAUGGAGCUUUGCUAAGUUGUCUUUCCGAAUGCGAG